AUGUCUUCCUUAUCGUUUCAUAGCAAAUCGUUCUAUCCUCAGGCCUUGUCUACCGGUUUACAUUCCAGAAUUUCCAAGGACCCUGACAAUGCAUUAAUAUUGAAUACUGCUCCGCAAGGCAGAAUAGCUAAAAGGAACGCCCAGCAAAUAAACUAUGCAGAGCUUGAAAACAUCAACGAUGAUUUUGAAUUUGAUGAAGUACCAACUGCUACAAAUACCACUGCAGCAGUAGUUAAUAAUCAAUUAGCUUCAAAUAAUCAAAAACAUCUUUUAAAGCCAGCUCGAAAUACUCGUUAUCCACUAGGAUUGGAUGACGAUCUGAAACUAACCGAUGCUAACCAUAAAAACAAUGACGUUCUCAUUCCAAUAAGAUUGAAUUUGGAAUAUAAUGGAGGUAGUUCAAAAUUGGUUGAUUUCUUCAUGUGGAAUUUAAAUGAAACAUUAAUCACUCCCCAACAAUUCUCUAUCCUAUUAUGCAAUGAUCUAGAAUUACCUACGCACUUACAACUGGAAAUCACAGAAUCAAUAAUUAAACAAAUCGACGAUUAUAAUUUUGCUUUAUCGUUGCAGCUUCCACCUAAUGUUGAGUACCAUGUGAUCAUCGAUUUAUCUGUAAGUUUAAAUAAACAGUUAUAUCAAGAUAGAUUCGAAUGGGAUUUAGCACAAAAUGAAGUAACUCCUGAACAAUUUGCGGAUAUAGUAGUUGCAGAUUUAGGUUUGUCGUUAGAGUUCAAGCCUGCUGUAUCCCACUCCUUACACGAAAUAAUUCUUAGAUUGAAGAAAGAAAUAACUGAUGGAAGCUAUAAUCAUGAAUUACAUAAGUAUCAACAACAAAGUGGUCUAAUAUUUGAAUGCGGUAUAAGAAUCACGACGGAAAGCAGUGUGCACAACGGAAACGAUCAAUGGGAACCUAUAGUUGAGAUAUUGACCCCAUGGGAAAUUGAAAAGAGAGAGAUUGAAAGAGAAAGAAACAUUAGAAGAUUAAAGAGGGAAAAUAUGAGAAGAGAAGUGGAUGACUUUAGUAGUAAUAAAAGAAGAGCAUUACUAAAUAGAAGAAGGUUUGAUGAGCUUGAAGGAAAUUGGAGAAGUUUUUAA